UGCACCAAAUAUAAAAGAAUUAGAAAAACAAAUAAUUCAAUUGUGCGUUAAAGUGAGUGUAUAAAUACGUGAAAGAAAUAAUACAGUUAUAAAUAUACGAAUGGUGUUGACAUCAAAACAAAAUCCGAUGGGCAAAAUAGUAUAAAUACAUAUGGAAAAAAAUCGCUAACAGCGAUAGCAAUAACAAAAAACAGCAACCACACAACAACAACAUCAGCGACAACAGCAACGUGUGUGUGCGUGCGUAUGUAUGUAUGUUUGUAAAUGCGUGUGUGUGUGUGUGUUGUAAUUGAACGGAUAGCGACUGCGACACAAAAAAAAAAUAAAGUAAAAUAAAAUUGGAGUGUAUACAAAUUAGCAACGUGAACUGAACGACGGCAUUCCUUGACUGGCACUGCGUAGCAACAAUACUGACUAACAAACACUUGGAAAAUGCUGCAGCAGAUGGAACAGGAUCAAUAGCAUAUAACGGAACGGCAUAGGGAACGACGAAGCAGCAACAUUGAGGGGAGGUGGAAUCACGCGCUCAGCCAAUACGGAAACGCAAAGAGAAAAAAUAGCGCAACAACAAGCCGCAGACCCAACGAACUUGAGCUGAGCUGUUAACAAGCGAUUAAGACAGAGAGCGAGAACGGGAACGAGAUCGCGAUGGUGAGCACAAAUCUGGUGGUACCAGUGGUGCUGUGGGGUCCCACAGCGCCAACGCACUGCAUCUCCAGCGUCUUUUUGUCAGAGGAUCAAUGCACGCUGGUCACCGGCUGUUACGAUGGACAGAUCUGCCUGUGGCAGGUGGAUCCGAGCACACUAAAGAUGUCACCACGCUGCCUGCUCGUUGGACACUCGGCGCCAGUGCUGUGCCUGGUGCGUGCCUCCAUGCUGGCGGAGAAUAACUUUCUUGUGAGCUCCUCGGAGAACGGCGAGAUGUGCACAUGGGAUCUGAUCGAUGGCAAGUGCACAGAGGCAGUGAAGCUGCCACAAGUGCAUACACAAAUCCAAAGCUAUCACACAGCCAACAGCGAGGAUGUGCGUCUCUUUUGCAUCGGCUACUAUGCCGAAAUAAUGGUCAUGGAUCCAUUCAGUCUGGAGGUUAUCUAUGUGCUCAGCUCCAAGGUUAAGCCCGACUGGAUAUCGGCCAUACACGUGCUACGCCCGAUGCGACGCAAAGACGAUGUGGUGCUGGCCAUAACCACGACAGGCACCGUCAAGGUGUGGACACUCACCGGCAAUGAGAACAAGCAUGCAGAGCCCAUCUAUGAGAAUGAGUCGAAGGAAAUACGUUGCCUCAAUGCCAUAACGAUGAACUGCUGCGCACAGAAUCAACGCACCGUGCUCCUGGUCUGCACCAAGUAUUGGCAGAUCUACGAUGCGGGCGAUUUUACAGUAUUAUGCUCGGUUAUAGCGCCGGCACGUGAGCGCUGGCAGGGCGGCGAUUUCAUCAGCUCGGAUCGUGUUAUGCUUUGGACAGACGAGGGCAAGGGCUAUCUGUAUAAGCUGCCCGCCAACUGCAUUCCGGACAAUAAGGAGUUUCACUCGAAGAGCGUCGUGCGCGAUGCUCCCUAUCUUUACUAUGUGCUCCAGCAUGCUGGCGACAAGGUGCUCUCCUGCCCGCCGGCCAUGAAGUUGCUGGCCACGCCCAAUCAGACGCACUUUCUGCUGCGCGGCGACUCCGAGGGCUACAUCUCGGUGUGGCAUGUGCCGGAGGUGCCGCUGGACAACAUUGCCAUACUGCAGGCCAAGCAGAUGCCGCCGCGCAUACAGAAGCCGCAUGUCUGCACCUCGCUGGUGGAGGCCUGGUCCAUCAUGGAUCCACCGCCAGUGGGUAUACUGGAUCAGCUGUCGCGCAUCACAGAGUCGCCCGUGAAGCUCACCUCGAGCAUUUAUCUGCCACAGCAGAGUCGCCUGGUCAUUGGACGCGAGGAUGGCAGCAUUGUCAUUGUGCCCGCCACACAAACCGUCAUGAUGCAGCUGCUCGUGGGCAUCAAGCAGAACUUCAGCGACUGGCCCUCGCACCAGAUACUCUACGGACACCGUGGACGCGUCAAUUGCCUGCUCUGCCCCAGCAUGGUGCACACACGCUACGAGAAGUCGCAUCUGCUCUCGGGCGGCAUCGACUUCGCCGUCUGCCUGUGGGAUCUGUACAGCGGCAGCUUGCUCCAUCGCUUCUGUGUGCAUGCGGGCGAGAUUACGCAGCUGCUGGUGCCGCCCGAGAGCUGCAGCCCGCGCAUACUCAAGUGCAUCUGUUCGGUGGCAUCGGAUCAUUCGGUGACGCUCGUUAGUUUGCAGGAGCGCAAGUGCGUGACGCUGGCCAGUCGACAUCUGUUUCCGGUGGUGACAAUCAAGUGGCGGCCACUGGAUGAUUUCCUUAUUGUCGGCUGCUCCGAUGGCAGCGUCUAUGUCUGGCAAAUGGAGACGGGUCAUCUGGAUCGCGUGCUGCACGGCAUGCUCGCCGAGGAGGUGCUCUCCGCCUGCGAUGAGCAGUCGUUGGAGGAUGGUGGUCAUGCUGGCGGUGGCGGCAGCGCUGCUGCUGCCGCUGGUGCAGCCAGCGAAAUGGGCAUGGCCAAUCCGGCGGUGCACUUCUUCCGUGGCCUCAAGUCGCGCAACAUGAAUGCCAUGCGGCAUGCCACACAGCGUGGCAUACACCAGCUGCAACAGCUGCAGGGCCACAAUCAGGGCAACUUUGAUUUCCUCAUGAAGCAUCGCAGCAAUCCCUUGGUCAUCCAAGGACUGCGCACCAAUCCCAAAGACGCCGAGAGCCACAUUCUGUUCUUCGACAUCGAAGGCCUGAUCUUCGAGCUGCACAGCGAGGAGUAUGCCCAGAUGACGCCGGCCACGCUGGAGGCGCUGGGUGUGCAGCUGCAGCAUGCCAAGGAUGGCAAGUCCAUGCACAUUGAUGCGAGCAAGAAGAUUGGCGACUUCUUCAAGCAGGUGAAGAACAAGGCGGGCGAUGUGGAGAAGAUACUCAAGGACAAGGACAAGCACGGGCUGGUCCAGAAGUUCAAGGAGAAGACCGAUCUCGUCGAGAAGAAGGUCCAGGCCAAGGUGGAGAGUCUGCAGAAGGCGGUGGAGACCCAGGGCGAGGGUGAGCUGCCGCCGCAACAGGAUCUGAAGAGCAAGAUUGCCUCCAAGAUGGAGGUGACGCAUGUCAUGGAAGUGGCUCAGCUGCUGCUCUCGCUGCUGCACUCCUGGGGCCUCGAUCCGCAUCUGGACAAGGUAUGCGAGUCGCAAUUGGGUCUGCUGCGUCCCAUUGUGCCCAUCUCCUAUGGCGUGCUCUCCAAGGCCGGCUACAUGUCGCUGCUGCUGCCCACCUGGCAGAACAACUAUGCCAUACCGCCGGGCCUGCAACUGCUGCCCACCAGCUCGAAGAAGCGCGCCCUGCCCGAGGAGCUGCAGCGCCUGGAGCAGCUGACAGCGAUAUUCACCUCGCGCCUGCACUGGGAGCUGAGCACAACGCUGACAUCGAAUCACAUCUUGGCACUGGUGGCCAUGUCCAAUACGCUGAUGUCCAUGAGCGCCGCCAGCUUUCUGCCGGACAGCGAGAAGCACAAGAAGCUGCAGCGCCUGGCGCAGCGCACCGAGAGCACGCUGAGCAACGAGGAGGAGCGCGAGGAGCUGCUGGCCCAUCACACCUCGCAGAUCAAGCAGGGCUGGAGUCUGCUCUCCACCCACCAUUGCUUCCUGCUGCCGGACAAGAUCGAGGCGCUGGAGCCCAAGAAGUUCAAGCGUCCGCAGGUCGAGAUGAUGGUCAAGCGCUGGCAGCAUCAUUGCAUCGAAAUACGCGAGGCGGCGCAGCAGAUACUGCUGGGCGAGCUGACGCGCAUGGGCAAGAAGGGACGCAAGCAGCUGGUCGAGAGCUGGGCACAGUAUCUGCCGCUCUACACGCACACGGAGCCAAUUGUGGGCGCCCAGCAGCUGACUCAGGCACCGGCCGCGGGCGCAGGCGGCGCCAACAGUGCGGUGGGCAAUGGCAAUGCUGCCGCUGGUGUGGGCGUGGGCAUUGGUGGCGUCAGCGGCGUCAACAGCGGCGAUGCACAGCAGGACGAGGACUAUGAGGAGGAGGAGGAGGAGAUUAUACGCAAGCCGUCCAGCCUGUCGGAGCUGAAGCGCAAGCAGACCACCGCUGUCAUUCUGCUGGGCGUCAUUGGCGCCGAGUUUGGCCAGGACAUUUCACAGGAGUCGCCCAAUCAUCGUGGCAGCAUCAGCGCCGCUGCCGCCGCCGGCAACGAGCGCCGCAAGUCCUCCGUCGUGGAAGGCUUCGGCAUAGCCAACAAUCUGGCGCGGCUCACUUCCAUGGCACUGGCGCAUCUGCUCUAUGCGCCGCCAUCGCCCAAGCUGCCCCAGUACACGCCGCUGCGUCGCGCCGCCAUCGAUCUGCUGGGACGCGGCUUCACCGUCUGGGAGCCGUAUCUGGAUGUGUCCAAGGUGCUGCUGGGCCUGCUCGAGAUCAGCUGCGAGGGCAAGUCGGUGCCCAAUCUGAACUACAAGCUGCCGCUGACGCCACAGGCGGACGCCUGCCGCACUGCACGCCACGCACUGCGUCUGAUCGCCACGGCACGUCCGGCCGCCUUCAUUACCACCAUGGCCCGGGAGGUGGCGCGCUACAAUACGAUGCAACAGAAUGCGCAGUCCAUCAAUGCGCCCUUGACGCAGUCCGUGCUCUACAAGGCCAAGAGCGAGAUCUUGCAGUGCGUCGAGAUGCUGAUUGACAAAAUGCAAUCGGAGAUCGCCGGACUGCUGGUGGAGGUGAUGGACAUUGCGCUGCACUGCGUCGACAGCAAUGAGCUGAAGUCACGCGGCCUCGCCGAGCUCUGUCCGGCCAUCUGUAAAUUCAAUCAGAUUUCGCACUGCGCCCAGACGCGUCGCAUUGCGGUGGGCGCCAACAGCGGCAAUCUGGCCAUCUAUGAGCUGCGCCAGAACAAGUGCCAGAUGAUACCGGCGCAUACGCAUCCGAUUACCUCGCUGGCCUUCUCGCCCGACGGCAAGUACCUAGUCUCCUAUUCCUGUGCCGAGAAUCGUCUCUCGUUUUGGCAAACCAGCACGGGCAUGUUCGGCCUGGGCCAGUCGCAGACGCGCUGCACCAAGGGCUACUCCACGGCGCCCAUACCGGACGUCUCGCGCCUGAAUCCGAUGCGGCUGGCCAAGCUUGUCUGGAUCAACAAUCGCACGGUCACACUCAUGCUGGCCGAUGGCUCCGAGACGCGUUUCAAUGUCUAAGCUCCGAAUGAAUGGAAUGAAACGGAAUGAAACAGAAUGGAAUGCAAUGGAAUGUGGAAUGUGGGUUAUCCGUCGUUAGACCACUAACUGAGCAGCUCAGCUGCAAGCAUUACUAUUUAGGCAAUCAAGCGAACGCGUGCUUCUAAAGCGAGCGGCGGUUAUAAAACAAUAAACACACAAAUAGUCAAAUGCGUUAAACAAUAGUCUAACUAACAAAACAAAAACAUUUAGCUAAAGCAAGUGGCAGUUUGCAGUUGGCAGUAGCAAUAUACUAUAGAGAGAGAGUCCAACGACAGUAACAAUAAUGCAACAAAAACAAAAAGAGAAACUGUUAUUUAUUAUUAUAUAUAA